AUGUUUAUUUCCUUGAGCUCUUUAAUUUUGUUACCAAUUUGGAUAAACAUGGCACAAAUCCAGCAGGGAGGUCCAGAUGAAAAAGAAAAGACUACAGCACUGAAAGAUUUAUUAUCUAGGAUUGAUUUGGAUGAACUAAUGAAAAAAGAUGAACCACCUCUUGAUUUUCCUGAUACCCUGGAAGGAUUUGAAUAUGCUUUUAAUGAAAAGGGGCAGUUAAGACACAUAAAAACUGGGGAACCAUUUGUUUUUAACUACCGGGAAGACUUGCACAGAUGGAACCAGAAAAGAUAUGAGGCUCUGGGAGAGAUCAUCACGAAGUAUGUAUAUGAGCUCCUGGAGAAGGACUGUAAUUUGAAAAAAAUCUCUAUUCCAGUGAAAGGAACUGAGAGUGAACCAAAAAGUUUUAUCUUUAUGAGUGAGGAUGCUUUGACAAAUCCACAGAAACUGAUGGUUUUAAUUCAUGGUAGUGGUGUUGUCAGGGCAGGUCAGUGGGCUAGAAGGCUUAUUAUAAAUGAAGAUCUGGACAGUGGCACACAGAUACCUUUUAUUAAAAGAGCUGUGGAUGAAGGAUAUGGAGUAAUAGUACUGAAUCCCAAUGAAAACUAUAUCGAAGUAGAGAAGCCGAAGAUACAUGUACAGUCAUCUUCUGAUAGUUCAGAUGAACCAGCAGAAAAACGGGAAAGAAAAGAUAAAGUUUCUAAAGAAACAAAGAAGCGACGUGAUUUCUAUGAGAAGUAUCGUAACCCCCAAAGAGAAAAAGAAAUGAUGCAGUUGUAUAUCAGAGAAAAUGGUUCUCCUGAAGAACAUGCAAUCUAUGUUUGGGACCAUUUUAUAGCCCAGUCUGCAGCUGAGAAUGUAUUUUUUGUUGCUCACAGCUAUGGAGGACUCGCUUUUGUUGAACUGAUGAUUCAACGAGAAGCAGAUGUAAAAAGUAAGGUAACUGCUGUGGCAUUGACAGACUCUGUUCACAAUGUGUGGCAUCAAGAAGCUGGCAAAACGAUUCGAGAAUGGAUGAGAGAGAACUGUUGCAAUUGGGUCUCUAGCUCAGAACCAUUAGACACGUCAGUGGAGUCCAUGCUACCUGACUGCCCCCGGGUCUCAGCAGGCACCGACCGUCACGAGCUAACUUCGUGGAAGAGCUUCCCGUCUAUUUUCAAAUUCUUUACCGAAGCCUCUGAGGCCAAGACCAGUUCCCUGAAGCCGGCUCUGACGCGACGCUCCCACCGAAUUAAGCACGAAGAGCUGUAAGAGGAGAGCGAGCGAGACGGGGGAGGGGAAGGCCAGGAACCACACUCGAGCAUGCAUCCACGCGUCUCCUAACUGCUUGUUGUCGGCGAGCAGACUCCCAGCCCCUCAUUAGAUUGUUUUCUUCCUAGAGCACAGGGUCGUGAUAUAUACAUCUAAAUAGCGUUUUGCAUUAUUUCUAGAUGAGUGCAACUGUCAAAGCAAUAUGGGUUCACUGGUCGUGCUUCCUGCGGGCUGAGCUCGGGCUUCUCGCUGCCCGUCAGCGCGCAGAUUAAGGCUGACAGCGCCCUGCCCCGCGCGGCCCGCGCAGCUCUAAUUGCCCUGACGGAGCCCGCGCCGGCGCUGCGGGGUGCGCGGUGUCUGCGCGGUCCUGCCGCCCGCCGCAGCGCAGCCGCUGCUGCUUCCCCCUCCUUAAUCAUGUCCAUUCCCCCCCCUCCACCCCACCCCGCCUCCGAACAGGAGCAAACUUAUUCUAGACUUCAAACUUUCAUUUUAACUAGGUUUUUCCCUGAGGGCGUCUUAU